UGAAGAAGAAUGGGAGAAAGCGAGAUCUCUUUGUAGCAUUUUAGAACCAUUCUACGAAUGUACUUUAAAAAUGUCAUCGAAUUUUUAUCCAACAAUUAAUAGUACCCUUUUUUCUAUCUUGGAUAUUCGCACACAUCUUUUUAAAAUGAAAUCUCAUUUAGACAUUUUUGUUCGUGAAAUUAGCUUACCUAUGAUCAAAAAAUUUAACAAAUAUUGGAAAAAUAAUAGCUUACUACAUAUAAUUAUAUGUAUUCUUGACCCCCGAUAUAAAUUACAGUUUAUAUCGUUUUAUUAUCAUAAAAAAGAAGGGUAUGAAUUAGACUAUGUUGAAGAAAAAGUGCAAGAAAUUCGAGCAAGCUUUGAAAGCAUAUAUCUUAAUAAUUAUUCUCUAUCAGCCGUCGAACGAUAUUCAACUAGUAUUGAAAGCAGUAUUGCUUGUACUAACAACAAUAAAGAUCGAAUUGAUGAUUAUUAUGAAUAUAUGAUGAAAAAGAAUCAAGCCAGCCGACCAGAUACUCUUUAUGAAGUUAGGCGAUAUCUUGAUGAGCCAGUUGCUA